AUGUCUGAGAUAAUUGACCUAGAGGAUAUGGACUAUGACAGCAUAUACACCCAGGAAAGUGAUCACUAUACAGGGUUGCCAACAAUGGACUCCAUGUCUGAUGGGUAAGUGGUUUUGUGUCCGACAAAUACAUUAGUCUCUUACGCAUUUCGUUUAGCUAACGUGGACUUCUUCUUAUUAAUUCCAGGAAACCAGGGCAACAGCCGCGGAUGAUAACAAUCAAGUCGUACACAGAAAUAUGUAUAGAGGCGAAGGAGUAAGUACAGAGUUGAUAUCACUGAAGUCAAUCUCGUACCUCGAGUCUCUCGAGUCCCUUACUGCGCAUGUUGGCUUGACAAGACGACGCUCGUUUCCCGACCGCUGGUUAAGGGAAGCAAGACGCUGGGUACGAGGGUGAUAUUUAACAAUUAUUCCUCCAGCCCAAAUAGGGUCAGCGUCAAUUAACUCGGAGGCCAUGAGGGCGAGAGGAAUAAUUGUUUUAGUAAAAUCCAACUAGUUGGUCAAAAAAUAUCGAGACAAAACAACUUAAAGCAAGACUUUAAUCCUUUUUUGCCGUCAAAAAGCCCGCGCUUUUCGCUACUAGUGGGUUAUAACAUAUAGCCUAGUCGUAGCUCAACCAAUCAGAACGCAGCAUUGAUAAUAGACCACUAGUUGGAUUUUACUAAAACCCUUUAUGUAAGCCAUACACAAAUUCUCUAGACUGAUCUUCAUACAUUUCCUUAAAGAAUUGAUUAAAGAUCAAAGCAUUUUCCCUUAGGUGAUCAUUUCGUUAAUUCUCAUAACCUCUUUUCUUUGUUAUGUGUCGAUAUUGUUUACAGAAAAUUGAUUUUGGUCACUCCUGGGACUUACAUUUUUAAUGCGGCCAUACCCCACACGGUAUUCAUAGUAGUUAGAGUCAUAGCUUUUAAACUGACUUGAUUUAACCAAGCUGUAGUUGAUAAGAUCUGACCUAAAAUUGUAAAGACAGUAAGAAAGUAUAUCCUCGGCUUAUCAGUACCCUUAAAACUCUCAAGUGGCCUUCAGACGGCCAAUUUUGUAGACCUCGUGCGGUCGUCCUUCUUUCCUCAGAGCUACGCGCGAUGAGCGAAAAAGUAAAAGGAGUAGGGAUUGUGGCGGAGGGAGGAAAAAAAGGGACUUCUUGCAGUCUACCAAUUUUGCCGAUAAUUUAAAGUAUGUCUGCUCUUAAUGAUGUGACCUGAGCAACAAACGAGCAGAUUUAUACUUAUUAAUUCAUGCUCUCUUAUACACACUUUUUCAGUUCUCCAUUGCCAGAAGAUUCUUCUCCUAGUGUAAAACCGAAAUUCAGGCAAGAAAAAGCAUUUAAAGAUAUCAACAUGAAUAACAAACAGUCUGAUCAAAUACUAGACACAAAGAGAAAAUUCUCAGCACCCAAGGCAAAAUUUCCCAAAAGCAAGGACAAAGUAAACGUAUGGACAAAACAAGGAAGAGUAGAGUCGAAGAAGAAAGCGGAAAGAGCGCCAUGUUGGUUUGUGGUGUUUAUUUUCUGCUGCGGUGUUAGCAAAGAGAAUCCUUGGUAUAGUUUACUAGGAAAGGGUGAGUUAUUCAAUAGUCGACAUUUAACAUCCUGUUUCUUUCCACAAAUAAAUAAAUAAAUGAACAAAUAAACAAAACAGACAGACGGACAAACAAAAAGCACUGAGUACCAGUCUAUUGAAAUGAAGUUCCUCAGUUAUGUUCAGUCAGUACCCAGUAAAACGUAAUUUUUCCUCGGCUGCAGCGCUACCUCAUAAAGAGAUAAAUAACCAAUCUCUAGCCUCUUCACUUGUUGUAAUGAACAUUUUCUCAUUCCGCAGGUGCAUUCCUGGCGUUUUUUCUGUCCAUUGUGUACCUCGUGGUUUGCUUAGCUGUUCUUCCUUUUCUUAUCAUUGCCGCAGCAGUGGGUGCGGUGUUUUUUGGUGCUGGUAUGGUAUCUUACCUGGCAUUUUCAUCCAAGAAAAUCGGUGUUUCUUUCGAUGAAGAAGGCGAUGCGUCCUGCAUAGGGGCAGUUUGGGGAUCCUGGGUUUAGUCAUUAAAAAGUUACUAGUGCUCAAUCCCCGGCGGACUUUAAA